GAGGCUCUCCUGGCUCGUCUCAGCCUUUGCUGAAGAAUUAAGCGAGGGGUCCGCUGCGGAGCUGCUUCUGCCCCGGAACAACAACAACAAAAAAAUUAAAAAAAAAUUAAAAAAUAAAAGGAAAAAAAUAAAAAAGGAAAAAGAAAAAAAAAAAAAAAAGCCGUGAGCGAAAGGGGAAAAACAAACAAACAAACAACGGAGAUAUCUGAGUUUGGGCCGAGGAGCUCGGAGGACUGACUGCAUUUCUGAGGGAGGGGAACUGCCUCCGACCGCACAAACGGUGAGGCCGCGGCUCCAUGCGGGAGGGGACGGCACCCGCCAUCGCACUGCCCCGGGAAACAGAGGAGAAAAGAAAGAAACAGACCCAACCAAACCCACCCCGCGCCUCUGCCAGCGCUCGGACUUGUUUGGAAAGAGACAUCGCUCCGGUGGCACCGCUCCCGAGGAGAAAGGACCCUUCUCUCCGACUCCACAUGAGCACCGCUUUCAGGAUCGGGCACAGCUCCGCGUCCCGGUCAGCCCCGCGCCGCUGAGGCGGCCGCCGGGAAGGAGAGCCCGGAGCGAUGCGAGCCGUGGGCUGCGGGGCUCCGCGGCGGCCUCCUCCCUCCGCAGCCGCUCGGACCGCCGCUUAGAGGGGCCCGGACCUCGGGGCCGGAGCUUUCUGCUCUCUGAGAAGCGAGCGGAGAGGUCUCCUCUUUCUCUCUCUCUCUCUCUCUCUUUCUCUCUCUGUUACUAAUUUUUUUUUUUUUUUUUUUUUUUUUUAAGCCGAAAAUGGUGCCGCCUGCCUAGCUCUGUGAUUUCACGCGUGGACUCGUAAUAUUUCAUUCUGAUGAUUUUUGGAUGGGGAAGGACUGAGCGGAGGAUAUCUCCCUGAGAGCGGGGCGCGGCGUUCGGCGCCCCAUAGCGGAGCGGUUCCGGCCCCGUGCGGUUCUGCCGGGCUCGGUCCGAGGCGCGGGGCCGGAGCGGGGCCGUCUCCCCAGCUGGGAGACGGCUCCUCCCGGAGCUUUUGUUUGGUUGAUUUGAGUGUUUUGCUUUUUAUUUCUUUUUUUUCCCUUUCGUUUUUCCUUUUUUUUUUUUUUUCCCCUUCCCUUUUUAUUUAUUAUUAUUAUUUUAAAUCUGGUUUAAUCUGAGGGAGCUCCCUCCCUCUUUUCCUCAACCCCUAACUCCGAGGUCGCAGCCCAUGCCCCUCGUCGUUCGGAAGGACCGGGCCUAAUAUGCCAGUGUCACCUUCGCCUUGCAGUCGUCGCGAUGAAGGAAAAAUCCAAGAACGCGGCGAAGACAAGGCGGGAAAAAGAAAAUGGAGAAUUCUACGAACUGGCCAAGCUCCUGCCGCUGCCCUCGGCCAUCACCUCGCAGCUGGACAAGGCGUCCAUCAUCCGUCUCACCACCAGCUAUCUAAAGAUGCGAGCCGUCUUUCCCGAAGGUCUGGGAGACGCUUGGGGACAGCCGAGCAGGAUAGGGCCCAUGGAUAACGUGGCCAAGGAGCUCGGAUCCCACUUGCUUCAGACUUUGGAUGGCUUUGUUUUUGUGGUAGCCUCAGAUGGCAAAAUAAUGUACAUCUCAGAAACAGCGUCUGUACAUCUUGGCUUAUCUCAGGUGGAGCUUACUGGUAAUAGCAUUUAUGAGUAUAUACAUCCUUCCGACCACGAUGAGAUGACGGCUGUUCUUACUGCUCACCAGCCUCUUCAUCCUCACCUCUUACAAGAAUAUGAAAUUGAGAGAUCAUUUUUCCUGAGAAUGAAGUGUGUCCUAGCCAAGAGGAAUGCAGGAUUGACAUGCAGUGGCUACAAGGUCAUCCACUGCAGUGGCUAUUUGAAGAUAAGGCAGUAUAUGCUCGAUAUGUCUUUGUAUGAUUCCUGUUACCAAAUUGUUGGACUGGUGGCUGUAGGUCAAUCUUUACCUCCCAGUGCAAUCACUGAGAUCAAACUUCAUAGUAACAUGUUUAUGUUCAGAGCAAGUUUGGACUUGAAGUUAAUAUUCCUAGAUUCCAGAGUGACUGAAUUAACUGGAUAUGAACCCCAAGAUCUGAUAGAAAAAACCCUCUAUCACCAUGUUCAUGGCUGUGAUGUGUUCCAUUUACGAUAUGCUCAUCAUCUGUUGUUGGUGAAAGGCCAAGUAACAACCAAGUACUAUCGACUACUGUCCAAACAAGGAGGCUGGGUUUGGGUGCAGAGCUACGCUACUAUUGUCCAUAACAGCCGUUCAUCACGGCCUCACUGCAUAGUGAGUGUCAAUUAUGUCCUUACAGAUAUUGAGUAUAAGGAACUUCAGUUGUCACUGGACCAGGUUACCAUUUCUAAGUCACAGUUUUCAUGCAGAAACUCAGUAUCUACCUCACAGGAAACAAGGAAAAUAGUAAAACCCAAAAGUAACAAAAUGAAGGCAAAACUCAGAACAACGCCUUACCCACAACAGCAAUACAGCUCAUUCCAAACAGACAAACUGGAAUGCAGCCAGGUGGGAAACUGGCGAUCCAGCCCUGCAGUGAACGCUGCCACCAUUCAAGAACAAAACUUUCAUUCAGAAAACAGUGAACUUUUAUAUGCCCCGUCAUAUAGCUUGCCUUUCUCUUACCAUUAUGGACACUUCCCUGUAGACUCUCAUGUCUUCAGCAGCAAAAAGCAAAUGCUGCCUCCUAAGUUUGGGCAAUCUCAAGGCAAUCCUUGUGAAGUGGCUCGAUUUUUCUUGAGUACGCUGCAGACAAAUGGAGAAUGCCAGUGGCAUUACGCCAACUCCUUGGUAUCCAACAGCCAGUCACCAUCCAAAAAUCUUCCUGAGCAGCCAGUGAACAUCAUCCGACAUAAUCUUGGACAGAGUUAUGAAGUGCCCGUAUCGAACAGGAGAUACAACCAAGAUGUUCUCUCCGACAACUUUACAAGUUGCACAGCACCUAUGCCAGGCAGCAGAUACAAAGAAGAGAUUUAUGAUUCCAGCAUCAUGAAACCCAACAAAAUAGAAAACAGGAUUCAGCCACCUCACCAUCUCAUUAAAGAAGAAAACAAGCUAGCUUUUAACAGAGACCUACAAGAAAAAAUGAGCAUUAAUGAAAGCUCUUUUUCAAACUCAGUUGCUAACUCUUUGCUGCCAAAAUCAGAAUGUUUCCAAUCUAAAGCUUUAGGACAAUUAAGUCAUCUCCUACCUGUGCCCGCAGUGUAUGAACAAACAAGACGGAUUUGUAUGAAGGAACCCAAAUAUGGGCAUAUUAGUCACCAUGCUACAAGCCUAAAUGAACUGGACAGUGAUGAGAGAAUGACUGUAAAGCUUGAUCACGACUCCGAGAGUGAGCGUGUGAUGGAUGUAAGACCCUCUGGACAAGUUCCAUUUGUGCUUCUAAAUUAUCAUCAUGUUUUAGCCAAACAUGGCACAUUUCAAACUUCAUCAUGUACAGCAACGGGACACGUAGGAGAAAAUUAUGGAUACAAUUCUGAGGAAGUAAAUACGUUUAUGUACAAAAACCAAAGCCCCUCAUCAGCCUCUUCUCCAGAAACCCACAAGGAAACGACACUACCCCAUUAUAUUGGAACUUCUGUAAUAAUAGCCAAUGGAAGGUGACAGUAGUAAAAGAGUAUUUACAUUUAACUAAGAAGCCAAACAGUAAUGAUUUCCAAAAAGCAUGAGAAAACAUAGUUACAUUUACUGAGCACAGCUGAAGGUCAAUGAGGGACAGACUUGUGUGUUCCUGGCAAGACAUGUGUGACAGUACCUUCAAGGCGAGGAAAAAAGAAUACAUCUCGCUUCAGUGCUUUGUUGGCAAAGCUUAAGCUCUGGUGCCAGUGAGAAGAUUUGUUGCAGAUCUUAUUUUUGUUAUUUUAUAGUGUGCAACAAAAUUAAAUGAUAGGUGUUAUAUGCAGAGGUUUAUAUGAAGAACAAUUUUUCCCUUAAUCCUUCCUUCUCAAAACACAUUCAAGAUAUUAUUAUUUUCUUUUUGUUAUCAUUAUCAUAAACUGUACACUCUAGAUUAGGUAUUUUUGACAAAGUGUGAAACCCUACAUCAGCUACCCGCCCAUCUGUUACACGUCCUGACAAAUGAACUUUGUUUAAAGAGUGGUGAUUUUUAGUAUCUGUAAUACAGUUGUACUAACCAAACAUAAUUAAGUUUGGAACAUGCUUAUUUAUUACUUAUCACACAUUUUUUUCAGUAUUCAGAAAUUUUUACUGCCACCAUUUAAUCUUAACAAGUGAUGGUAUUGUGACAAAUUCAUACAUAAAAAGGUAUGUAUUAAAAGGUUACAGGUCUUGUCAUGGUGAAUUGGCACAAAUCACACAGCAGGAGCUAAAGAUAUUCCUCAAUAAAAACAGUAUAAUAAGAAAAAGAAACUUCUAAAAAGUGUAUUUUGCUCAAUAUUUUGGGAUAAGGACUUGUUGUUAUUCAAACCAGGUAGUCAAAAUAACAUCUUAAUCUUAGCACAAGAAAUGUUCUCUUUAUUGUCAAGGGAAUAAUGAACAUUUAAGCAUGAUUUUAAAAUUAUUUGUAGCCUUCUGAAUUUGAAAAAGUUCAGCUUUUAACACACUGGACUUCAUUAAGCAUAAAUCUCAUUGUCAACACGAAGGUAAGAUUCAUUAUUUGACUGAUUGAUGCACUUCACAAAUUAUGUCAAUGGACAAUCUCGGUAAGAAAAGUCUGAAGUCAUUGCACAACCACAAGAUGCAAGAUUGCACUGGAAGUAGAGCAGGAUACCUCAGUGUUUUGAAGUGAAUACUUUGCACAUGUUUCAGUCCAAUAAACUAGCAAGUAGAAGGCAUAUGCCAUACAUUUGAAUUUUGUCCAGCCUACUAAGAAUAGAUUUCCCCUUUUUUCACUUCUCCAUAAUGUUUGCAAACCAGGAAAUAAGGAGACGUAUAGGAUCUGUGAAUGUUUUACUGAUGAGUCUGUCCAAUUUGUCUUUCCAUUGCUUCCCCAAACAGUCUUCAUGUGCUUUGGGCAAAACAAUGAACGCUCCCCAUGUAAUAGAUGUAAAUACCAACACUGAAGGCUGUUGUAGUUCUGAGCCAGCUGUAUUUAGCCCCAUUUGUUCACCCAAUUCAAGUUUACAUUUUAGAAGCUUUCUCCCUCUUAUCUGACGCUCUAGAAAGAGACCUUUGCUAAAGAAAAUGCUUACCUGGCUUGUGUAAUAUGGAAAAAUACUUGCUCAUGGAUUGCACCUUGUCAGAGGAAAAUGUAAUGAAAUACACACUCUCUUAAUUACACGCCCUCCAUCUUCUACGUGCAGCAAAAAUAAUCAGUCACCUCUUUGUAUGUAUGAAUAUUUAUUGCUAUGAGUAAACAAAAAUACUUCUAACACAUCUGAAAAUAAUUUUCAGUAUUUUUAUUGCUUUUGAUUAAAAGUUUAACAGAGAAAGCUUUGUUAUGAAAUUGAAUUCAUGUUCGCUUGGAAACUCAGUCGUCUGACUUCAUUUACUAAAAAACAUAUGAAAGAUAUCUUUCAUGAUAAAUAUGAUCAGAAGUACCGGAUCUGACUUUUUAGCAACAACAUAAAAUGAGUGAAACCAAACCAACACCUUCAGUUUAAUUGCACUCCUUUGUUCUUCUCGAGCUGGAGAAUGUGGCAAAGCUAUAGAAAUGUUAUGUGUGAAUGUUAUUAUCAUUCUGAUGUUAUGAAUUGCCGAGACAUGAGCUGGCUUUAUAGUGGCUUUCUUUAACGGCCUUCCCAGCCAGUGUUCCUAAUGAACGCAACCAACUUCUUAAAAGGUACAAUGAUGCUAAGACCUGUAUGCUAAUUUUCUCAAAUUAAAGCCAUGCCCUAUUAAGGAGAAACUGACAUUGCAUCAUUAAAAAGAAACCUGAUGCACAACUGCUUCAUACUGCAUGUCUCCCAAUACCUCAUUAGUGGCACUGCUGCACACAAAGUCAAUCUGCUGUAUUUUCCUGUUCUUCUAACUAUUUCUCAUUACAAAAACAUGUUUUCAGGAACAUAUAAAUUACGCUUCAGUCAAAAAACCUCCACUGAUAUUUUUCAUUAAAAUACCACAAAAUAUUUUUCCAGCCUCUACCUUGUUAUUCACACUUUCAGGCUUUAUUCAACAAUCUCAAGUAAAGGAGGUGUUCCAUCACCCUCCCACAGAAGUUUUACAGUAUAUGAGAUUCAGAUACAUGAAUUUCCCUGUUAGGAAAUAACGACUCAAUUACGCAUUCACAUCUGAUAAUGCAUUGUAGAUUUAAGAAAAGAUCUGUGAUUAAAAAAGCAAACGUGUGAAACAUUUUUUCCUGCCAUUCAAAAAUAGAAACAGCAAUUGCAUAUUCACAGCUGGAAUGUGAGCAAAUUACAUCGAGAGAAAAACACGAGUUCAGACACUGACUUUCAGUCAGUUGAACUACAGAUGUUCACAGUACAUUAAUGCUGCAGAAUGCGAUGUGGCCACUGAGAGUGGCAAUGCUCCCAGCAAUUGGAAAAAAUUAUGACACAGAAGUGGAGUGGGAAUAGGACUACAUUACAAAAAAUGCCCAAAUUUCUUUCAACUGUACAUAUGUGAGCUAAUAUAGAUACUUCUAUCAGAGAUGCCUCUUUCGUGCAACGUGACAGGAUUGUACAUCUCGGGGGAGGGCAGGGCUAUAGCAAGUACAUGCGGAAUGGAAGAGAGAGAGUUGAGAGAGGGAAUAUCUUACCAAAACCUAAAGUUGAAAACAUGGCUCCCAUAUUGAUGUCUCAAAAGUUUUUCUCCUAUUCAUGGAAACUGUGCAGUGUAAAUAAGGUGGUACGGAAACAGACUUCUCUCCUGGUGACAGCAGUUAGGUCAUUUCUAAAGGGCAUUUCAGUAAUUUAACGAAAUUGAGUACAUUGGGUUAAAGUUGUAAAAUUUGAGUGUAUCUCACUGCGAUAAAGCGGAAAGGCUGCUUUUCUGAAGGAUACCUCCCAGAAUAUCAGUACUUGUCUCUAGAAACCACAAAACAUAGCACAAAGGAUUUUUUCAACAUUUCAGUCAUACUUCAAAAUUAACACAGAGAUAGUAUUACUAUGUCAUUUUUUUUUUUUUCCUGAACAUUAGGUUUUGCUUUUUUUAUAUAAUGCAGAUAUGAGCUAUUUGGCAAAUGUAGGAGAAAAAGCACGCAAACCAAACAAUCUAUUAAUGCUCAAAAUUAUAUAUGUAUUCCCUAAAAAUGUAAAGCAUUUUUGCUUAUUUAUUAUGUAAAACAAAACUGUUAAAACGAUAAUAAAGUCCUGUAGCCAAAGGAAAAAUGAGUUUGAUUUCUUUUUCACCACAAAACACAGGGCUUCACAUUGUAUAUUGGAAAAUUUAUUUCAAUUCAACAUUUAAUUUGACUCAAUGUCUUACAAAAUACAAGGAUUUGUAUCCCAUUUAAGCUACAUUGCAUUCUAAAGGAAGAGUCUUGGAGAACUGAAAAUAACACAGAAUAGCUAACGAAACACUCUAAUGCAAGACAUUCAAAUGCAGCAUCAGUUCACAAUUCUUCCCUGCAGUUCUCUUAAUCAACUGAUUGUUACAAGAUGACAGUCGGCUGCAUGCCACUGUUUUUUGACCUCUGUUCUUACCUCAGUCCAGAUUUAAUUUCUUUGCUGUCUGAUCAGUGCUGUGCAUCACUGCCACAUCUUAUGCAUGCAGAUGGCUUUAUCAGGGCAUUUCCCCCCAGGAAUCCAUCAGCUGUUGGCAGCACAAAUCUUUGCCAUGACAGCUAUUAAGCUGUACUUCAGAAAACAUUUAUAGCAAUUAUCUGUUCCAAAGCAGUUGCAGAGAGUAAUUUUUUUAGACUUGUGAAGUCUUGUAGCUGCAUCAGAAAAAGUAGAGAAAUUAAACAAAGUUGAGCAAUAGAAUAGCAGCAUAAAGAAUUAAAUACUCCAAUAUUAUUUCUAGAUAACAGCCCUUGAAGUAUAUGAUAUUUCCUGAACAGAUUUUUAAAAAGCUCUGAAAUCUUAUAAAACCUUUAAUAGAAGUGAGAUGCACUUCUUGAACUGUUACAUGUUAAGUAUGUUAUUCUUUUUCAAACCUUUGGAAACAGCAUUGGUCCUGCAGGGACGCAACCCACGUAUUCGUUCUGAAUGCAGACAGGUGCCAACACACCCAGCUCACCCUGCAAAAAGACUCCCUGCUGACAAACAACCUCUACAGAUAUUUUCACAGUGUGUGAUGAGAACAUGUGUAACAAUCUGAGAGGAAAAAAAAAAAGGAAGUCACAGAAAUACAGACAGUGAUUAAUGUUCUACGAAAGCACUUCAUCAAGAUAUGACAACAACCUCACACGGACGAAAUGUUCCACAUUUUAAUAAAAUUGAACAGUUUCAGUGCAUUACUUCCGAGUCCAGAGAUGCCCUAGUCUCUCCAUACCUGCGUUCUGAGACCACACGACACCACAUUUGUCUGUCUUAUGUAAAGAACAAUACUAAAAAUGAUUUUCAUAGAAAAACAUUGUGGUUUUCAGAAUGCAACAAGUUUGCCAUAAUAAGAGUACAAUCAGUGGCUGUGAUUCCCAGAUAUUCCCUAGGGAUGAGUGUGGUAUAGGAAGGUUCAUGGGCUUUCCUGACAGUAGCAGCUGCUAGUCAAAAUGACCUUAUUCCAAUGCUCUCUGUAAGCAGCACGCAUUUUCUUUGUGAAGUUCUUUGAUUUUUCUGAAAGAAAGGUCAGGUCUAUAACAAACACCUCAUUCAACUCAAGGCCAUUUGCUCAAGACAGCAGGUAGCUGCAGAUGUGCAUGAAGAGGCCACUAAAAAAUAGAGGCAAAGUAAUAUCCCCACAUCACCUACCAAUGCUCUGACAAAUCCACAGCUGAUAAUUCUCACUUUCAGAAAGGAAGUUCAAUGUUAAGUUUCUUCCCAAACUUGUUUUGGAAUAAUCUUAAAACACAAAGCAAGAAUAAAACAUGUGUUUCAUUGCAAAGAAUAUGAAGAAAGCCAGAUAGGAAUAAUAGCAAUUAUUAUAUUGCAGCAAUUUAGUAUUGAAAAUACAUCUGCUUUCUGCUCAGCACUUGCUUAGCUAAGAAGUUUUGCAAGUACUCCAUUCUGCCCUUCCUCCAGGAGCAUGCUUUAUCUUUUUCCCCAGUGUUCUUUCAGUCCCUGCACCUAGAGUAAGGAAGAGCACACUGUAAAGAAGUAAUGCAUGGCAUUUAAAGUAAACUCUACAGCACUCAUCACUCUAUCUGAAAUAGAAGUGGUAUCAACUGUGUUUCCUAUUGGCAAACUCUACUGUAACAAAACAGACACUUUGAGAACUACAGAUCUAAAGUUUUUAAAAAUUCUAUGGUCAAAAACCAGUAACAGAACUAUGCUUUCCACAGCUAGAAAGGAAAAGGUAGAAUUAGAAGUGAAAACAGACACAGAAGUUGUGCAUAUACACACCUGCACACAUACUACACGUGUAUAUAUAAAUGGGCUCCUUUAAAAACUUUAUUAAUUCAGAUUUACAUAUCAUUUUAUGAUAAUAUUUGCUUGAUUCUGAAAUAAAGGUAGUUGCCAAAAAUUAACAGCCCAAAGCAGUUUGGAAAGCAUCUCUGGGGAAAAAGGAAAAAUUGAUGAUCUUGUGCAUCAUUUCAGCUAAGCCAGUUAACAGCUGUCUACACUCCCCCGUACAAUUCUACGAAGUACUGGUGUGCAGUCUUGUUUGACACAGAUCACAAGGGGAAACAAAACAGCAGGGGACAGAUAACCGGGCACACAAACUGAUAUAUUGCGAUAUGGAGCGUAAAAUCCCAAGUGUGAGAAGGACAACUUAAUUUCUAGCACUUGCUGCCAAACCACCUAAAACCUAAUAUGUGAGGAUUACUGUAAAUUACCAUUACAGACUAGCUUCUUUGCUUUAAGACUUCUUGGCUUUGUAACUGAAACAAUCUACU